GUGAGACGGGCCUCCUUGGGAUCAGAGGACAAGCAUUGGCAAGGCUUUGCUUAUGUGGAUUAAAACGGCCAGAAUUGCUAGCCAUCCUGCUUUUUAAGGUGCGUGUCUUGGGGAUUCUGGGAGUUGAAGUCCUGCAACUGAAUCGCACCAGGGUUGGUCUUGCUGUAUCCAAGGCCGGGAACCGACCGCAGGAGGCGCCCUGGCUUUGAAGGCCGUUCGGCCUGGAGGUGGAAGAGGCGAGCAGUGCGCAUGCUCCCCGCUGGCCCGAUGUUGACUUCCUUGUUGGGCGGGACCACGGAACAAACGCGUGGCCGGGGGUGGGGCCAAGCCCAGAAACCAACACAAUAAACAGGGCGGGGCGCCUGGGGGCGUUGACCAAUCCAAAGGCCGAACGGAGUUACGAGACCCGUGCGGACCUAUGACAGCCGCCACGGGAUGUUGCUCCGCCGUGGCUGGCCAAUGAGGCUUCCCUUGCAGGCAAAGCAGAAUAGCGACGGAACCGUCGAAGGAAACGUCAUCCCGGGGCUCGUCCAAUCAAUCGAUACGAUUAUCGCGAUGAAGCGCCUCCCAGCGACCGAGCCAAUGCCCGGACCAAAGGGGGGGGCGGAGCUGGUGGUGUUUUCUGUUCCGCUUAGGGCCAAUGAGAGAAACGGGAAAGCGGAAGCAGUGCCGGCCGCCCAAUCGCGGCCGCGCUUGGGCGGGGAGCGGGUUGGCCUGCGGUCGCAUGGGGCGGGCUUGGCCGCGUCGAGUCUGUCAGGCUGAGGUGGGGUAAACAGAGGCGGCGGCGGCGGCGGCGGCGGCGGCGUUGCGGGGAAGCGAGAGGACGAGCCGGCUAAGCCGGCAAAAUGGCGGCCGCCGCGCAGGUGUGCGAGAACAUCCAGAUGCUGCUGGAGGCGGCCGAGUUCCUGGAGCGCCGCGAGCGAGAAGCCGAGCACGGCUACGCUUCCCUGCUGCCCUUCAGCGCCAAGGAGAGGGAGGCCUUCAAGCGGAGGAGCCGGCCCAAGAAAGGCGGCGGCGGCGGCGGCAGCAGAUCCACACAUAAUGAAAUGGAGAAGAAUAGGCGUGCCCAUCUGCGAUUGUGUCUGGAGAAGCUUAAAGGGAUGGUGCCUCUCGGGCCAGAGUCCAGUAGACAUACUACACUGAGUUUACUUACAAAAGCUAAAUUGCACAUAAAGAAACUUGAAGAUUAUGACAGGAAAGCAAUACACCAAAUAGAUCAGUUGCAGCGAGAACAGCGGCAUCUGAAAAGGCAGCUGGAGAAACUGGGCAUUGAACGCAUACGGAUGGACAGCCUGGGGUCCACCGUGUCCUCCGAACGGUCAGAUUCAGACAGAGAAAUUGAUGUGGACGUGGAGAGCACCGACUAUCUCACCGGGGACCUCGACUGGAGCAGCAGCAGCAGCAGCAGCCCCCCGAGCGAUUCUGACGAGAGGGGCAGCUUGCAGAGCGUCUGCAGUGACGAGGGUUAUUCGAGCGCUGGCAUUCAGAGAAUAAAGGCACAGAACCAUCUUAAGGGCUGCCUCAGCCUCUAAGGAGCCAGUCGCCUCCCCUCCCUUGCCCUGCCCACGGCUCUUCCCUUCGUGGAUUUCGCUAGGUAGUAUGUGGGGCUGCUCCACAGUUCUCUUGCACGUAAACUUCUUGUACCAUCAACAUCACCAAAAUCUGCUUUGCCUAAGUCUGAAAACAGCGCAUAGUGUUGUGGGUUACACGUUCCUCCCUGGCGCGCACUUCUGAUGGCGUCCACUAGCUUCUCUUUUCUAGCCGUAAAUCCAUCUCUGUGAGACUGAACAUUCCAGCCAGAAUUCUUAGCAGCCCCCGGAAUAUGGCUGUGGUAACAGCCACAUACGUGUUUUGGGCCUGUGCUGCAAUUCAUACUCUGGGUGAAGGUGGGGAGGGGGCAAGGGUGAUUGUAUAUGAAGCCAGACUAGUCGUCAGGCACGGCCACUGUAAAAGGAACCCUACUUUUUUUGACAUCCAUUGUAUCCCAGCGGCAGGCAGAAGUUAGAAAAAUGAUACGACAGGCUUGGAAGAAGAACAUGUGCUGGUUAGGGAAUUGUGCAGUGAAUCUUUCCAGUCACUGUUAAAAAAUCAUUCUGAAAUGUCCCAAGUCAUUAUAGUAAUAAAGUAGCCAACCCUGAGGUUGGGAAUAGGAUGGAGAAAGGUGUCCAAAGAGACUCAGUUUGGCAGAAGAAGGGCCGGCCGAGUGGAAUUGUGCUGGGGAGGGUUUCCUCUCUCAGCUGCCAGGAUCUCAAUGUUUUCACGUCAGGUGACCAAAUGCAACACUUGGGCAGUCUUGAUGCGAUGCCGUCUUUGCAUUGAUAGCUGCGUGUUCCUUUCGUUGCUAGCAGCUCUCCGGGCUCUGCUGAGUCUUUUUGUCUCUGGGACAAUUUUUUCUACCUCAGAGAGAUGAACAAAGCUGAUCUCAACCCCUUUAGCACAAAUGAAUUGUGAUGCCUCGUUUGUAUACUUGGUACUAGUCCGACCUGUUUCCUUAAGAAUUCAGCAAUAACUCUGAGCGACCAAGUUAGCUGCGCUAGCUUUCCCUGAAUGGCUGAGGAGAUUUCCUCCGAGGAAUUCCAUGGCUGCCCUCUUGGCAUUCUAGCACUUCUUUUACCCCGUGACGUUCUCUGGGAGGCCGCCCAAUGGUGCCGUGUGUGGUUUUGGUUUGGAUGUGGGAUGUUGGGCUGCUUCUCCUCUGCCCCCUUUUUGCUCUGUCUCUGCACGCCUGGACAUCUGCAGCGCUUUUCAUUUAAGCUGAGUAGAGCACAUGCAAAUGUACAUAAUGUGGUCUAUAAAUAGUAUUUAUUCAUUUUUAUAUCAACCUGAUGUACUAUUCUUAUGAUUUUGUGCUUUUAUAGAUGAUUAGGAAACUUUGUAUGUCCAGGUCUAAUGAAACUUCCUCUCCUCCUUUUUGCUUUGAGCGGCGGCCCAGUUUCUGGGCUUCCAGUGACUUUUCACAAGGAUUCUUUGUAUGCAGCUAGUUCUCCCCCAGCACUUACAGGCCGGCUCUAGUCCAGCCAACUUCCUGUCACUUCACUCUCAAAGGGCUAUGUGGCAAGUGGCGCGCUUUACUAUGUAUUCCAUGUUUGCUUGUAUCCACUACCAGAUUCUCAAGCAAAUAAUAUGGAAGUGGAUUUUAUUUGAAGAAAGCUGGUUUUUGAGAUGGGAAGUGGGGCUAGCGGAUGGCUAAAGAGCUCCAUAUCUCGGUGUCUUGGAGCUGCCUCGAAACAAGAGCUGGAAUCCUCAGUGGUCAGCUGACCCGCACUGACCACUUCCUUGCUGGAGACUUUCCUCCUGCGUCAGUUUAGCAGCUGGCUGGCAUCUAGGAGUCCCUGCGGAAAACCCUCCAGGGAGACUGAGCCUGCAGCUUGCACCCCCUUGAUUUGGACAGGUUCCUUGCCAGAGGCCUUUGAGUUUGUUAAUGAGCUGCAUAAAAUUGCCUCUCACAUUCAACUCCAUGUUGUCAUCUUAGAGUUCAAAGUAGCCUUUGAUUUGGAAGGUAUUUGAGCAUGUUUUUCUUUAGAAGUAACCAAACUUACUUUUUUCUUCUUUUUAAUUAUUGUUGUGCCUUCCGUGAGUUACUGGGCACAGUUUACUUCAGACCUCUCCUGGCCAGGAGGGCUCCCCCUCUGAAUAAAUGGAAGUGGUGGAUAUGUCCAUAGUGCAUUUGAGAAAGUAGACUUUGGAGGGUGCAACUUCUUUAGUAAAGUACUUUGGAGUUUCGUUUUGUUGUCCUUAUUGCGAACCAGUAAUUGAGCUUUGCACUUUCUGGAUGUGGUCCUUUCAAAAUGUGGUUGGUACAGAAAAUAAUUACAACUCCAUAAAGGAUGAUGCACUAAUUUCAGAAGCUCGAUUAAAGCUAUAUCUCUGAUGUUUCAAAAACAUCUAAAUGAAUAGAUGAGUUUAUCCGAGAGGCUUUGAGGGCCCCUCCCAGCGUCUUGGGGAGGGCUGCCCUUGGAUCCAUCCCUGAGACAGUUGCCCCACCGCCUGCAGGCUCCGUCCCGCCUGAACCCUGCCCAAGCGCUCCGGAGGGUUGUGUAGCCCUGGGCCAUGUUUCUCAGCAACGGUGUAGGUGUAGCCGUUGCCUUGUGGAGGGAGAGGAGCCGGAGCUUCCUACGCUGGCUGGCUGGCCGGGCUGCCCUGGAACGAUUGUGCAGGCAGCAGGGACUGGGCUCUGCCCUGUUAAGGUGGAGGCUGGGCCGUCAAAGGCGACAUUCCGGUGUGGCCACAGCCUUUCCGCCCUAUUCACUGAUCCACCAGCAUUCAUUAUUGUGUGAUAAGCUGCAGAAAAUUAAUUUUGUAGAUCAUUCAUGGGGAGCUGCGUUUCUCUAUCUGUGUUUACAGCUGGACGUUUGUGUGGGUGUGCGUGGGUGUGCUUAAAAUACCACACUAAACACUGCGGCACUGAGCAACUUUUUUGCAGACAGCAAACCCAGGGGAUACUUGGUUGGAAAUGGAAGUUGAGAAUUUGUGCUCUUAUUCAUCCAAAAUAAACAUGGCUGUCAGGGUGACAAUCUGAAAUAUCCCAAAAGUAUUGUCUUUACCUGGUGAAUCUUUUCCUGAGUGUUGAACACCCAGAAAUUUUAUUACUGUGUAUUUUUCUAACAAAGCAGAGCUUUCAAGGUGCUGAUAGACACAUCUUGUGAACUGUUUUUCCAGGGUUUGUGUGAAUACCUGUUUUUGAUUCAAAUUCAAAGCACUUAUUUGAAAUGUGUAAUUAGGUGCCACAAACAAGGUUGCAGAGCUCUGGGCAUUAGCAGGGUGUGCACUGCCAACUGCCAUUUUAGCACUUUGUU